UGUUCUCUGAACACAUCAUACAUCAUGUUGAGAAUGCAAGAAAAGAAAGGAAGAAGGAGGAAGAAGUGAAUAAAAACCUGGCAGCUAAACUGACACAGCUACAGCUCAAUGAGCUGCGCAGCAAAUAGGGGAAUGGAAAUUCACAACUGACACACAUGUGCAGACAUCCCUUAAUGGACAGUUCAUGAAGAUAUCUGUGCGCACCUAUGAAGAAGUACAACCUGUUCAGGUGCUGCUCAGUGAAAGGCCGCCUACUCAAAUGCCACUUUCAGAAAAACAUAAUGAACUGUUAGGUAACAUACCAUCCGGGUUGUGGUCAAAACAUAAAACAGAUGUAGGAUUAGUAAAAUCUGCACAACCAGUAAAAAUAAAAAUAAAACAGAAUGUUACCCUACCGUACAGGAAACAAUAUCCUUUGAAACCACAUCAAGUAACAGGGAUAGAAACAACAAUCAAGGGCCUGGUAGCAGCAGGUGUGUUAAAACCAACCAAAAGUCCCUGUAACACUCCUAUCUUUCCUAUAAAGAAACCAAGCUCAGAUGACUACAGACUGGUGCAUGAUCUACGCGCCAUCAAUGCAGUAGUGGGUGCAGAGAUACCUAUAGUACCAGAUCCACACACUUUACUUUCAAAUAUCCCUCAUGACGCCUGCUGGUACACAGUCAUUGAUCUAUGCUCAGCAUUUUUCAGUGUGCCAUUACAUCCCGCAUCACAGUUUCUGUUUGCAUUCACAUUCAAAGGACAACAAUACACAUACACAAGCCUCCCACAGGGAUAUGUCGAGAGCCCAUCGAUUUUUAACAAAGUAUUGUCAGAUGAUUUACAACACGUAAAUGUCACUAGCAUCGUUUUGCAGUAUGUUGAUGACUUGUUAGUUUGUAGCACAUCUCAGGCGCAGUGUGAGCAUGACUCAGUCCUGGUCCUGCAGGCUUUAGCAAAGGGGGGACACAAAGUAAGUAAAGACAAAUUACAAUUUUGUCAGCCACAAGUUGAAUAUCUGGGCAGGCAACUGUGUGGCAGCAAGCGUGCUAUUGCACCCUCCCAGAUCGAAGCAGUGACAAAAGCCCCUAAACCACAAACGGUGGGGCAAAUGCUCUCCUUUCUGGGGAUGGCGGGGUUCAGCCGCCUGUGGAUCUGCGACUACGCUAUUAAAACAGCCCCGUUAAGAGGUUUGAUACGAGCCGCGGGUCAGACGGACGGCUCAGCUACGCUACAGUGGCACCCUGAGGCAGAGGGAGCUUUUGAAGCCCUCAAAGCAGACAUGCGAACAGCGCCAGCACUAGGUAAUCCUAACUAUGCUAAUGUGUUCCUUUUAUAUGUUGCAGAAACAGCAGGUUAUGCGUGUGCGGUUCUGAUGCAGGACACUCCCAGUGGUAAGCAACCAUUAGCAUAUUAUAGCACCAAGCUGGAUAACAUUGAAACAGGUCUUCCUCCAUGUUAUCAGGGAUUGGCAGCGGCAGCUUUUGCCUUUCAGAAAGCGUCAAGCAUCACAAUGGGACACCCGACUAUUUUGUAUACAUCACAUCAAUUACAUGCACUAAUCACAAGUCCCAGAUUUGUUUUGACACAGGCUCGACGGACAGGCUAUGAGGUAAUCCUUGCUGCCCCAGAGCUUACAGUACAAAGAUGCACCACAAUCAAUCCUGCCACCCGGAUGGUGACUCCUGUAGACGGGACACCACAUGACUGUCUCCAGACAACAAAUGAGUUCAUGAAACCACGUAAAGAUCUAGAUAAUCAACCAAUAACUGCUGAAAUAACUCUGUUUGUGGAUGUUUCCUGUUUUAGAGAUGCAGCAGGAAACCACGCUGGUUACGCCAUAAUACAGUUGCAGUCUGACGGCUCUUUCUAUGAGGUACAAGUCACUAAACUUAACCAGCCUUGUUCAGCGCAGCUCGCAGAAAUCAAGGCUUUGACUGCAGCAUGCCACUUGGCAGCAGGUAAGACCCUAAAUGUAUAUACAGACUCACAAUACGCCUAUGGCGUGUGCCAUGUUUAUGGCGUCACGUGGAAGCAAAGAGGCUUUUUAAGGGCAGAUGGCUCUCCAGUAACUCAUGGGGAAGCUAUUUCAGCUCUGCUAGAGGCCAUACACCUCCCUAAAGCACUUGCUAUUAUCAAAUGCCCGGCCCACCAAAAAACUGACUCCCUGAUAGCCAAAGGCAACAAUUUAGCAGAUGAAGCAGCUAAACGUGUAGCUACGCCCACAUGCAUGGGACCACUUUUAAUGGCAGAGAAUCUGGAACCUAUAACAAACAUAACAUCUCUUAAAGAAGCACAGGAAAGAGCCGGUCCGUGGUCGCAUCAAAUAUGGAUCAAAAGAGGCGCAAUUAAAAUCCAAAAUAAUCCAGACCCACAUAAAAAUGGCCUCUGGCUCAGUGCGCAGGGUCAAUUUGUCCUCCCACCGGCAUUGGUAUCAAUUGCCAUUCAGGAAGCGCAUGGUCAAGACCAUGUCGCUAGGGGGGAGAUAUUGAGACGACUGCAAGCAGUCUGGUGGUCACCAAUGUUGGCACACAGAGUUGAUAGAUGGAUAAAUGCAUGCACGGUAUGUAACACGAAUAAUGUCAGGAGAGCGUUCACAACACCGUUAGCACAUGUUCCGGUGCCUGAAGGGCCAUUUCACCAUCUACAAAUGGAUUACAUAGAUAUGAUAGACAGAAAGAAUGGUUACAGGUACAUUCUUGUGGUUGUGGACAGGUUUACCAAGUGGGUGGAAGCAGUUCCAACAAAAGGUCCAGAUGCGAGGUCAGCAGCUAAGUUUCUGUGUAAAGAAGUUUUUCCACGGUUUGGAAUACCAGAUGUAAUGAGCUCUGACAAUGGUCCGCAUUUUACAGCUAAUGUGAUGAAAAUUGCCAUGAAAAUGUUAGGAAUUAAGCAGAAAUAUGGCUGCGUGUAUCACCCUCAGUCACAGGGACAAGUAGAACGAGCUAAUGGAGUUUUGAAGAGCAAAAUCACAAAAAUUAUGGCUGACAGUGACCAUAAGCUAAGCUGGGUGGAGGCAUUGCCACUUGCUUUGAUGAGCAUGAGAACACAGUGUAACAGACUAACCCACCUAACACCGCAUGAAGCACUAACAGGGAGACCGAUGCCGGUCCCCUUUUACAGAGGACCCUAUGAGGGGCCUCCGCUUGAACAAUAUCAACAUGAAUUAACCUAUUAUCUGAAACAUCUAACGCAAAUAUACAAGGCUAUCUUCCAACAGGUCAAAACUGUGAUAGAGGCUAAGGCCACACAGUUCCCACCACUUCCCUCAGCAGGCGUGGCUCCCAGGUGACCCUUCUGAGCAAUGGAUGUCUCGGAGGCACGACCCGUCUCCUGCGCAGGGACCGAGCAUGCUGCAGGUGCUGUUGGAACAACCCGCACCACCAAAACCAGGGCCAGGGAAUCAACAGGUGAGACCAUCCAAGUCUACUGCCAAAACUCCCCGGCACAUGCAGCAGCCAGUGGCCCAGAAGUCUCUACAGCGCCAGUGGGAGGGGCAGAUGAUGAUUGGAGAAGGAAGGCCGGCGACUGAGGAUAUUGACGAAUCCACCUCAUCGGACGAGGAGGAGAAGGAGGCCAACUACGCCCUACUGCAGCCAGGGGGAGGAGCAGAGGCAUUGGCAAAAAUGUCCAUGGCGGCCUUCUACAGGUA